GCCCGUCGCUCCCCCGCAGAUAAUAAUAAUCGUAAUCUCCGCCGGCGCACAGCGUCGACUCCAUCGCCAUGGCGGGCUGGUUCGGGUCGUCGACCAACAGCGCCUUCGAGGAGCAGGUCGAGCGCGCAACGUCUUCGAGCUUAGAGGACAUGCCCCUCAAUCUCGAGAUAUCCGACGUGAUUCGGUCCAAGACGGUGCAGCCUAAAGACGCCAUGCGCUCGCUGAAGAAGAGGAUAGGCAACAAGAACCCCAACGUCCAGCUGGCCGCCCUCAACCUCACGGACACGUGCGUCAAGAACGGCGGCGCCCACUUCAUCCAAGAGAUAGCUUCGCGCGAGUUCCUCGACAACAUGACGUCCCUCCUCAAGGCGCCCCCGUCCGUCGCCCCCAACCACGACGUCAAGAGCAAGAUGCUGCAAUUGAUACAGUCGUGGGCAACGGCUGCAGAAGGCCGCCACAAUCUCGGCUACAUCAACGAGGUCUACAUGAGCCUGCAGCGCGAAGGCUACCACUUUCCGCCAAAGGAAAACAUUUCCGGCAGUAUGCUCGAUAGCAGCGCGCCUCCGGAGUGGACAGACUCGGAUGUCUGUAUGCGAUGCCGCACAGCCUUUACCUUUACCAACCGAAAGCACCAUUGCCGUAACUGCGGAAACGUCUUUUGUGGCGCCUGUUCGAGCAAGAACAUCCCUCUACCCCACUUGGGCAUCAUGGACCCUGUGCGAGUCGACGAUGGUUGCCACGCCAAGAUCACAGACAAGUCGCGGGGCUCACACCUUCCCAGGGCCUUUGACUCGUACAAACCCCAGAAAACGCUAUACCAGGGCUCAAUGGAGCCGCGCAACGCACGUGUGGAGGACAGCUUCGAUGCAGAUCUCAAGCGGGCCCUGGAGAUGAGCUUGGACGAGGCCAAGGGGAACGGCUCUGCUGGCUUCGUCUCGCAGUCUCAGCUGCAGUCCAGUUCUAAACCCACCAAUGGAGCGACCAAGAAGCAGCCCGAGGAAGAGGAGGAUGCCGACCUAGCUGCUGCCAUUGCUGCUUCUUUGGCGGAUAUGGAAGAACAAAAGAGGAAGUACUCCACGACCUUCCGGGAACAAGCUUCCCAUGCCGAUGGAUCAGUACCGUUUGUCGCACCAAAGAAUGAUUAUGAGUUGACGCCCGUUGAAGCCGAGAACAUUAACCUAUUUUCCACGCUUGUGGACCGCUUGCAACACCAACCCCCUGGCACAAUCCUCCGUGAGCCGCAGAUACAGGAGCUUUACGAGAGCAUUGGGAAGCUGAGACCGAAGCUUGCGCGUACCUACGGUGAGACUAUGAGCAAGCAUGACACACUCCUGGAUCUCCAUGCUAAGCUAUCUACUGUUGUUCGAUACUAUGAUCGUAUGCUUGAGGAGCGACUCUCAAGCACAUACAAUCAAGCCAACACCAUGUAUGGCCUGCCUGCAUCCACCCAACGGCCAGCCUCAAAUCUCUAUCCCAGCAUACAAUCAGGCGCGCCAGACGGUGCUGGCGAAAGCUACUACACUGGAAACGCGCCUCCUUCAGGCGCAUACGGACGGCCUCAAUCAAUGUAUGGCGGUGGUUACCAGUCACAGCAACAGCCCUAUGGUCAGCGACCAGCGUCGUACGCUGCGCCCCAAGAGCAGUACCAACAACCAUCACAGCCAUAUCCCAAUCUGGCCCAACAAGCACCCAACACUUCUUACCAACAUCCUUCUUCACCCCAACUACAACGUCAGGUAUCCAACCAGCAAUAUCCUUCACAAACACCCACUGGCUACCCCCCGCAAGCGCCGCCGUCAACAGUAUCAGACGCAGAGAGCGCGAGCUACUACUAUGGAGACAACAAUGCCGCACAGCCCUCACAGCCACCCAUGCAGCGGACACAAAGUUACGGUUCUCAACCUUUGCAACAGCCACCAUCCCCGCAAGCAUACGCUCGGGCCCCGCCACAACAGACGCCCAUCUCACCGCCCGCGCAGCCUGCUACGGCCUGGCAAAAUCCGCCAUACCCUCAACAGGACCAACCGCCAAAUUGGCAAUCAAACCAGAGCCAAGCUCCUCAACAACAAGCCCCACCGCCGCAAGCCCCACCGCAACAGGCGCCUGCACCACAUGCACCUCAGCAAGCACCACCGCAGCAAGCUCAACAGCACUGGCAACCUCAACAGCAGCAGCAGCAGCAGCAAGCACUAUCAGCACAACAACAAGCACAGCAAACUUCUGGAUGGCAGCCUGCACCGUAUGCAUCGGGGGGAUAUGGCCCCGAGAGUUUCCCAUCAGCGCCUCAGAACCAGCUUCCUGUUCAGCAGCAGCAGCAGCAGAAGGCGGUUGAAGAGCCUCUGAUUGACUUGUAAAUAAAUGGAGAGAAAUGUUUCUGUUUAGUUAAUCAAUCGCUUGAGAAGUUGUAUGAUUUCUCUCUCUCUCUCUCUCUCUCUUGUAUGUGUGUGCGUGCGGCUGGUUUAUUUGUUUGUUAUGACAUGUUGUGUUGUGUUGUGUUUGUUGUGUAUGUAGGGAUAUCCUUGUUCUUUCUGGAACAAUAGGUACAAGUAUAGGUAUAGGUAUAGGUAGAGGUAGAGGUGGAGGUAGAGGUAGAGGUAGAGGUAGAGGUAUAGGUACAAGUAUAGAUACUUGGUGUAGUGAGCGUAUGAGUUGAUUGAGUAGAGUUG